GGAACUCCUUGAAGCCCCACAACCAAAACAUACCAGAGCUGCAAGCCUGCAACAGCACAUCUCCUUGCUUCCUCUUCACUUCUCAUCAACCUUCAGCGUAAACGAGCCAUGAGCAACGGCGGCAGGGGCGGCGCGAGGGGCGCGAGGCCGGAGCUGCAGCUGCACCUGUCGCCGCCGGCGGCCGGGAGGAUGGAGUUGGACGGCGGCGACGGCAGCGACUCGUCGUCCCCGAGCUCGUGCGUGUCGUCGGACGGCAGCCCGGGGGGCAAGUCGCCGAUGGUGAUCGGCGCCUGCACGCGGUGCAUGAUGUACUGCAUGGUGGCCAAGAAGGACUUCCCCACCUGCAUCAACUGCAAGCAGCCCUCCCUGGUGGACCUCCUCCACGGCGCCGGCGCGGGCGGCAGUGGCGGCGACGUCGCGGGCGGCGACAAGAGGCGCGGCAAGGGCAAGUGAAGAGCGGACGGCCGGCCGCCGGCGUGCCCCGGCCGUCCAGUGGAUGCUCAUACGGAUGGUUAGCUCCGGUUGUUCGGCCGGCACGCAUCUUGAGGCGCGGUGGAGGAGUGACCGCCGUUGGAUCAUCCACUGGACGGACAGGGCCUGCUUAUUGGUGAUGUUGUAGGCAAGUAGCUAGCUAGAGUAGUUGGUGAUCUUAGUUGCUAUGUUUAUGAUGUUGUUGUGUCGCUUACGUUAGUAUGGUUUUAGUUGUAAUAAUAACAUUGCUCUAUUUGAAUGAAGAGUGCAGUUUAUGAAAGUA